AUGGCUAGUCUGGACGUUCCGCCUAGUUAUCCGCCGCCGCCUCCACCUGCGAGGCCAGUGCGUCCGAAGAUCACGUUGCAGAUACCUGACUCUUCAGUGCAAAUGACUCCUAGAGGACCUCCAACCAGUGCUUCGGUGAACUGGCAUCCUAGAUUCCCUGGGAAACCUCCAGCGACGCCAGCAUCACAUAUAUCUGAUCCUCAUGGAAAUCCUUAUUACAAUCCCUUUAUGCAUAUGUAUCAUAAUAAAGCUUCAGAGUUCAUGUUUAAACAGUUCGAAGGCUUCAAAGACUUUACUAUUAAUACUACGAAGCACGGAUUGAGUGCUGGUGAAAAGACAGCGUUUUGGUUGUACAAUAAGCUGAAGUUGUUGUCAAAGAAAUGGUUCACGCAUCUCUUCUUAAGUUUGUGUUUGGUGUUGUACAGUAUUAUUGGUGCCUCUAUUUUCGUGGCUGUUGAAGUGCGUAGUGUUCCGUGCACGCCUCAAAGAGCCAAACGACCACCACAGAUAGGGCCUAUUAAGACUAAUGUUCAGUCGGACUUGAAGAAACGGGGUGGUUUUUAAGAUAGAGAUAGAGAUAGAGAUAGAGAUAGAGAUAGAGAUAGAGAUAGAGAUAGAGAUAGAGAUAGAGAUAGAGAUAGAGAUAGAGAUAGAGAUAGAGAUAGAGAUAGAGAUAGAGAUAGAGAUAGAGAUAGAGAUAGAGAUAGAGAUAGAGAUAGAGAUAGAGAUAGAGAUAGAGAUAGAGAUAGAGAUAGAGAUAGAGAUAGAGAUAGAGAUAGAGAUAGAGAUAGAGAUAGAGAUAGAGAUAGAGAUAGAGAUAGAGAUAGAGAUAGAGAUAAGGGUACAAUACAGAUUACGAUAAUGUCUCUUUCGGAUAGUAGCAAUAUGAGUAUCAACACAUCCAGCAGCGAUAAAGAUUUAAGACCAGAAUGA